AUGUCCCGGAGGGGCAGAAAGGAAACAAUACGGUCCAGCUGGGCAUUUGUCCGGCAAAGGGAACGUUAUAGAGAGAAUAAAGCAGAAGAAACGCAGUGUAAGAAGGCAGAAAGGCGCCCUACGAUUGGCUGUCGCCUAGCAGCAGCCCUGACCCAGUUUAUUCCGUUCGCAAUGGCGGCGGGGAACGAUGAAGAAGAAGGCGGCGGAGGGGAUGGGGACCCCGAGCUCAGUAGAGCGGAAUCAUGUCAGGGAAGCGGCUCACGAAGGAGCGCAGAGAAGGCCCUGGAGGAGGCGGCCAGUACCGGGGUUCUCAGUCUGUCCGGGCGGCGAAUGAAGGAACUUCCCCGUAGCGCCAGGAACUACGAUCUGACCGACAUCACUCGGGCCGAUCUUUCCAAGAACCGCCUGUCGGAGGUGCCCGCAGACAUUUGCCAGUUGGUAUCACUGGAGUCCCUGAACCUGUACCACAACUGCUUGCGCUUCAUCCCCCCGGCGCUGUCCAACCUGCAGGUUCUGACCCACCUGAACAUCAGCCGGAACCUGCUCCCCUCGCUGCCCCCCUGUAUCUGCCGCCUCCCACUCACCGUGCUGAUAGCCAGUAACAAUAAGCUGGGCGCCCUGCCCGAGGAGAUUGGCACCAUGACCAGUUUGCGCCAGCUGGAUGUGAGCUGCAAUGAUCUGCAGGCUCUGCCCCCCCAGAUGGGAUCCUUGGGGUGUCUCCGGGAUUUAAACGCUCGCAGGAACCAGCUGUCUGCCCUGCCUGAGGAGCUGUCAGAACUGCCCCUCAUACGGCUGGAUUUGUCCUGUAACCGCAUCACCCACAUUCCUGUCUGUUACCGGCACCUACGGCACCUCCAGACGGUCAUCCUGGAAAACAACCCCCUCCAGUACCCCCCUGCCCAGAUUUGCCUAAAGGGUAAGGUUCACAUCUUCAAAUACCUGAACAUAGAAGCCUGCAGCAAGCCGGUGUCAGAGCUGGGGGUGAAGCUCAGUCGCCCCACAAGCCUUACUACAUGCCUCACUGAGGAGAUCUAUUCCUCCCGGCCCUACGGAGGCCUGGACUCCGGCUUUAAUAGUGUGGAUAGCGGCAGCAAGCGCUGGUCGGGCAAUGAGUCGGCAGAUGAGCUUACAGAUCUCUCACUAAGGAUUGCAGGCUUCGCUGGGGACUCCAAGCAGCUCCGGGAGAAACUCAAUGGAACAGAGGGAGACACUGAGCACACAGAUGUUGAGAGUACAAAUGAGGAGGAGGAAGAAACCAAAUCUGAUUGUGGCCUUCAGAUGACACCACAGGACAAGCAGAAGCCGGAGCAUCACUCCACCCCCCGCUCGGAGGAGAAGACCAUGGUUUCUGGAGCAGCACCCUCCCCCGUGUCUCCCACCGUUGGGCGACCGGACCCCCCCACCGAGGAGAGACGUCGGCCCGAAACCCUCCUGCUCUGGCGCGAGAGGGAGAGGCAGCAGCUGCAGCAAAGGCAAGAAGCGCCACGCAGGCAGUCGGCCGACCGGAAGGAAAGUUUGCAGAAAGUUCCCUCAAAUUCGACUCUCCCUUCAGCUCCGCCCUCCAGCGACGUGGCAAAUGGCCCUGCUGAUACAGCCAAUCGGCUACGGAGCCAGGUAGGGGGGUUCCACUGGGGGGAGUGGCGUAUAAUGGGAAUGGGGUCAUUAAUGGCCCCUGUUUUUAUGUUUUUAGCCUCCAGCCCCUCGGAGCUGGGCCCUGUGGAUCAAUGCAGUCCGGUGCGGUUACGGAACUGUCGGCCCCCCAUUGAUGAGAAAGCUCUGUUGGCUCAGCUCCGCAAGGUACAUGCCCUUCUCCUAUGCCCACUCUGCACCCCAGCCUUUCUUCUUACUCCCAUUAGAGGCAGAUCUUUUCUGCCCCCCCCCCCCAGAUUCCUUGUGGGUAACCCCAGAAAUGUAAGUUUCCAGGGUGACUUAGGCAGAAGAUGGUCCAGCCCCUGCAGGGUGGUACCAGAGUAUCACGCCCAACAAAACAUUUCUGCGCUCCUGACUGUCUCUUCCGCCUCGGCCCAGGACAUUGAGCUCUCGUCUGACACGUCACGGCUGUGCCGGGGCGAGCCUCAUUGGGGAGCUCUCUCGCCAAACCGCACACGGAGUGAUACUGGUGCAGCAACCUGCUGCAAAUCACCUGCGGCCUCGUACCAUCCCCUCGCAUUGUUCACCACGUUCUCUGUCCUCAUCGCCCAGCACGUGCCCGUGAGUCCCAAACUCAACCUCGCAGUCAAGAGGCAGGAAGAUGGUACCCACGUGAAUAUGAGUUUGCUGGAAUGCCCUGGCAGGAUCGGGGUCCUGAGCUGGGUCGCGUUCUAUCCUGUAUUACACCUCGACUUACCCCGCCGGCCCCUUCCCCGCCUCCUGCUCGCAGGCAACACUCCUCCCUGCUCUAUACACCUUAUACCUCCUAGCUGCUACCAUCAUCAUGCUCCUUCCGCCCCUGCUCUAUCCUUAUAUCCGGACCCCUGCAACAACCGCGCCACCCUCGUCCCCUCUGCUCCUCCCAGGAAUAGGCGAGAUCAGUUAUGCUUGGGCGCUGACAGUCCUGGGAGGGCGGAGCACGACAGCUCGCUGGUCGUACAAAGGACGGUGUCGUCUCUGCUGCUGUUGCCCCCCGGAGAAGCCUCCUCCUUGCCUCCCACCCCAGAGGCAGAGUCCUGCCCGGCUGGCGCCUCCCUGCUGCCUCCGCACACAGGCUUCCUGCUCUUCUACGCUCUCUCCAUGUUGGCGCUAUAUGUGGCCUACAGCCGGCUUGUCGGGGUGUAGCCGCGGCCCCUGGAAACGCUCCUUUAUUGCUCACUACUUUUGCUUUGGGGGCCGCAGGUUGGCAGCAUCUAUGCAUAGGGCCUGUGUGCCAGCGCUACCAGCUGACUAGGGCUUGGGGUUGUUUAUGUGGAGCCCCCGGUUACAGUGGCAUUGGUGGGAGGGCAUGUUGCCAUGGAAUGUCCAACCGGUGGGUGUAAGGAGGAGCAAUAAUGGGUGCCCUGUGGGCAAGAGAACCUGCUGCUCUCAAUGCUGUGCCUUCCCACCCGCGGAGCCUUAGCGUUGGCGCUGCCCCCGUGCCACUUUGGCUACUGAAACACAGGGGGGCCCUUCUUCUCAGGUACCCACCGGCACCGGGCCUGACAGCGAGGGCAUAGAAACUGACUGGGCCAGAACUGUACUGUGACGUGUUCCGGCCCUUUAAUAAUUGCCUGUCCCGUCCCGUCCCCCCGACACUGGCAGGGUGGGCCGCACAUUACUGGUACAAUAAUAGAAGUUGUAUAUAUACAUCUGCCUUAAUAUAUAUGUUUUUGUAGUUCCUUUAAUAUAUGCCAUAAGAACUAGUGCCUAGCAACGGCCCGUGCCCACCGAGCGCCAUAUUUAUAUAUAUAUAAAUGCCCUGUAUAUACCCAGCUGCAUUAACACUAACAUGUCUGCGGAUCCAUAGUGGCGCCGAGUAUCUACACACUGAUCAGACUGCACUGUAUCAUAAUGAAUAUCUGUAACUGUCACAAGUCUUUUAUUUAUGAUUAAAUAUUUCCUAUAUAGAGACUGUCGGCUGCAGAGCAUCAUGGUCUCCUUGCUGAGCUUCCAGUCAAACCAUUGGGCCGAGGGGCAUAUAUGUCAGGGGGGGAGUUGUAGGACCCCCAUCAACCUUAUAUAAAAUUAUGGCAGGGGCUUUAGAUCCGAGAGCUUUAGUAUCAGUUUGGAGACAUGGCCCAAAGUGUCUGUCUAAAGUGUUGGGUUCCAGACUGUCUCUGGGGGCAAUAGGAAGGGUGGGGUAUUUAUGGCUGCUCAGACCUGUAUCGGACACCGCCAUUGGCCUCUGGAGCAGGGCAAAGAUGGCCUUUAGAGUGAUAAAUGGCAUCUCAUCAGCUGCCAGUCUGAGGGGAGGGUUUGGGUUGAGCCAAGAGAACAUGACCUGCCUGAAGGCCUAAUGGCCACGGUGAUGUUUGGUGGUGGAGUCAUUGGCCAGGCGGCUUCAAUGGUUUGGGCCCUGAUCUGGUUCAGAACCUAAAUGCCCCAAUACACAUGGCCAGGGCCGUACAGAAUUGGUUUGUUGAGGUGGGAAGAACCUGACUGCAAGUUGGGAUAGUUUGAUGGCCAAACUCACUAAUGCCCCAGUGAAAGCCUUCCCACGAGGUUCUGGCAGCAAAGGCAGAACCAGCCGAAUCCCCUUGGGCCGAUGAGAUGCUGAAUGGCCGAUGAGAUGCUGAAUGGCCGAUGAGAUGCUGAAUGGCCGAUGAGAUGCUGAAUGGCCGAUGAGAUGCUGAAUGGCCGAUGGCCUUAUAGUGAGUCACUUUGGGCAGCCUUGAGGACCACUUUAGAGAAAUGUUCCGGGGCUCGUCUGUGGUGCAGAACACAAGAUUUGUCCCAGUUUAGGACCAUCCCCACCUAGCGGAGUUGAGACCAUACCCUAUAGGAACAGGGACCCCCCCAAAAAGUAUGGCUCCAGAACGAGGAUAAGAACCAUGGUAGAACCUGCAGCUUCAGCAUCUCCUCUUAGGUGGUCCCAUAGUUGUUAGGCAAGAGGUUCCAUGGAAUGGGCCAUAGCAGGAACCUUUAGUUGCUGUCGACCAACCUGAACCCCACUCGGUCCAACAAAAUAUCUUCUGGUCCAAGUGUCUUGCUCUUUCUGCUUAGAGCCAUCGCCCCCGGGCCGGUGUCUCAGGUUGGGCCUCGUCCCUUUCCUGCCUUGCUGCAGGGACAGAACUACUCCUCUGCCUCUAUGGGUCUAGGAGUGGCCCAUUUGGUUCUGAAAGUUCUAUCAAGUUCCAGCAGUGGUUGGUUCUGUUUGAGCGGCAGCGAUGGACCUUGUACACUGGGGAGCAAUGGGUAGAACCAACACCCUUGGGGUUUACAUUGACAGCAACAUGGAUGGAAGAUGUGGGGGUCGUUGUGUAUUUCAGUAUCAAGUGAGAACCUGUUCUAACUUCUGGGGGGUCUGACAGGUUCUGGGGGGCACUUACCCUCUGUGGGGCAUUGUAACGAGGAGAGUUGGGGCAUCAGGCUGAGAGUGACCCACCCAUCACUACCCAAGGCUGGCUGUAUGGGCACGGCCAGGGGUAUCUGCCCCAUGGGGGUGAGACACUACCUAAGGAUCUGCACGACUGGCUGGUGGGGCAGGUAAGGUAUGGGGGGGGGGAUCUUUGAUUGCCCCCUGGGGCCCAUAAUUCAGCUGUGCUUGGAAGGAAAGACUUGAGGCCAGGCCUGUGGAGGUGGGGGGCUGUCUGCUGCUCUCUGUCACUUUCCUGAACCCCCUAUUUUCAUCUUCCCCCCUAGAGAAUGAGAUCUAUUGCCCCCCUUAUCCUGCUCCCAUCUCUCUCUAUUACCCCCCCCCCUGCCCCAUACACUCGCCCAUCAUCUCUUUUUACCCCUCCCCAGGAAAGUGUUUGUUCACCCUACGAUAUUCUCGAAAGCGAGGGGCUCAUUCGGGUGAGCGGGACGGUCCGGGCCCUCCUCCAGUUGUGCACUUCACCCCCCAGGGCAUGACCCCCCCGGAAUGGGGCCGCUCUGACUUCAGCCCCCCAGAAUGUGACCGACCUGCACCCCAAGAAUUACAAAGCCAACGAUCUCAGGGACCUGCUGUACCCCCCGAUAUGGGGGCUCUGAAUAUUUGUACAUUCCAUUAUCCUGUAUAUAUGAUUGUGUUUCCUUCCUUGCCUUUCCCUCUGUUUUGUCUUUUUAUGAACAAAUAAAUAAUAAUCAGUGACCUGUAA